UUCACCCUCUUGUGUCACGGCAACAAAGUGAAACCUCUAAAACGUAAAUAAAAACAAACGUCGAGUGUGGAAGUGAAAAUUUUGGUCAUCGUAGCAAUCCGCGAUGUUCCGUUGAAAAUGAGUGACCGCAAUCCGGGCCAGGGCACCAGUUCCAGCACCAGCAGUAGUUCCGCCGCCAUCAACAAACGUCCCCGACUGCUGUCCUUCCAAGGCCCCUCGGAUCACGCCCCAGUGGACGGAGCGCCGAUGGCCGCAGGGCCCUCGUCGAGUUCGCUGGAGGAAAUCAACGCGCGGCCUGCGGGCCGUCAUCCGGAGAUGGCCCCGGAUCUGGCCAGCUGGCAGGAAGCGCAAAUAGCCGCCUGCAUCGAGGACAACACAAUCAAUCUGGUGCUGGAGCAGUAUCUGAGCUUUUUCGAGGCUCGGCACAACGGCGUCGAGGAGGCGGAAAUGAUGGUCCAGGCCCAGGCGGCCGAGCUGGAACACGAGCAGGAGGUGGAGAACCGUGCAAUAAUGGCGGCGAUAAACGAGCGGGGUCUGCAGCCAGCGGCCGUGGCCAUCGAGGAGGACGUGGCGGAGCCGGAGCUGGUUCCGGUGCCGGCGAUGGACGUUGAUCCCCAGCAGCAGCAGGGUCAGGGUAUCGAUCUGCUCGAGUCGGCCGUUGUGGCGGCGAUCCAGGAGAAGGGUCUCCAGAUUGGUGGCCAGAUGGAGGAAGACGACGGCGAUAUUGACGGAAGCUAGUGGGUUUAUGACGUCCCGUCGUAGCUCAAGCAUCCUAUUGUGAGUUGUGUAGAAAGAGGCGUUUUGCGGCACUCAACAACACCCGGCGUAGUUUGUAGUUUCUCAAAUGCAUUAUCUAUUUGUAUUGUGUAAGUUCCCAACCCCCAUCUCACCUGGUAAGAGCGCUGCUUGACUUUUACGAGGUCUCUGAAAUAUAAUGAAUAAUAUAUGAAACCCAAUGAAAAGUAUGAACGUUAGAUUUAGUAUCAAAUAAAAGUCGUACUAAAAGCAAUAAA